GCUGAAAGGGGUUGUUGACAGGGACGUCGUCCACACGAUAGAGAUUAUCCCAAGGUGAAGCUGUUGAUGGCGCUGGCGAAGCAAAUCUUGCAGUCGGACUUCACUGAUGACGGUCCUCACGACAAGGACCCCGACAAGGGGUCGAGGCACUGGCUGUGCAACUAUUGCGAGACUCGGUUCGCCGGCACGAAGUCGGUCCUCAAGAAGCACUUCAUGACAAAGUGCAGUAUUGAGCUUGUCACUCGGGCAAUGACAGCGGAGGAGAGGAUGAUGAGAAUUGAGGGCAUCCGGCUAGGGAAGCACCAGGCCUGUCAGCUCGCAGCGGAGGUCCGCGUAGACGAAUUCAACGAUGCCCCGCUAGAGCACACAUGGCUGCAGAACAAUGAGGAGGAGAACUUUGCGGAUGAUGAGGACGAUAUCGCCGCACUGGAAAGAACAUGGCAUGCAAACACGAAGCCCGGGAAGCACCGAGUGCGGGAGUUGCGCAGGAAGUCGGGUGUUGAAGAGCCUGAUCCUGGGUUCAUGUAUACCUUGGAGGGCCAUGACCGUGCCUUGAAGGCGUGUCAAACCAGCGAUUGGGUGCAGGGGAGGGAGGCGGCAUCGGGUCGCGGGCGUCGCAAGAACAAGGCAACGGCAUCAGACGUUGCCCCAGAACAGCCAGUUCACAAACGAAAGAGGAAGGUUGGGGAGGGGGAUGUACCACCAAAAAAGAAGAGAGGCCGACCUCCGCUUUCGUCCGCGAAGAAGGCUGCAAAAGCAGCAGCACGUGCAGAGGCCGCAAAGGUUGCAGCAGUCGAUGCAGCAAGGCCUGCGAAGAGGAGAACAACUGAGGUGAUCGAAGGCGACGAAGAAAAUCCAUGUCGUAACCAAAAAAAACAAUCUUCUUCAACCUCAUCAUCAUCGGUUGAAGACUGUGCGCCGCAGAACAUUGAGGAGGAUGAGGAAAUGUCCCUGCAAUCGGACGAUAGCGGAGAGCCGGACGGGGAUGAGUCGGAGGAGGACCUGUCGCAGGCGGAGUCUCACGGGGAGGAACAGUCCAGGGAGGAGGACGAGUAGCCCUUAGCGAAUCAGUGUAUUGAGGGUAGUGUGUCCUUGCUUGCUUUUGUGCUCCUAAAACUACAAACUUUGCAAACUCUGCUUUUGGGAUACCGAGUCUGACACUUUUUUUGUUUUGAAUCUUGUGAUGUUUCUCAUUUCUGCAUGUGUUUGAAAAAUGGACAUGCUCCCACUCUGAUUGCACGCACAUGUGUGUGUGUGUGUGUGUGUUCUCCAACAAAACAUAAAAUAAAUAAAAAACAAUCAUGCACAGUGUGUGUUUGCGUGUGCGUAUGUGUGUGUGUGUGUGUGUGUGUGUGUGUGUGUGUUCUCCAACGAAAUAUUUAAAAAAAAAAAAAAAACAAUCCUGAAGAGUGUAUGUGUGGGUGUGUGGAGGUGUGUGUUGUCAUAUUCGCUAUACACUCAAAAAAAGCACGACUGUACCAGACUGUUUCGUCAGACUUUCACCGACUCAUCAGGAGGUUGAACCCCGACAGUCUGCCCAGGAUGCAUUUGACUGAUGGAUAAAGACUCACCACAUCA